AUGUCGGGCAGGCGUCUGCUGGAUGCUAUCCAGUUCCUCAAUGUUUCUAGAACUAUCGCUGUCAAACACCUAGCCAUUCGGCAACACCAGCUCGAUGUCUACACGCGCACUUCCUCCUUAACGAAGGGCAUCAAGGGCCAGGUUGAUGGGCUGGUCCUGACCGCACAAGCCGCUGCCGCUUUGGCGCGUCGAUUUAACGACUCGCCACCGAGCCCUUCGCCGACCACCGCUCCCGAGCCAUCGGCCAACAAACCCACCAACGCCCAAACUAGUGCAAAUUCGCCUCCUCCCGAUGCCGCCCGGAAGCUACAACGUCAGGCUGAAUUCCAGAUCCCGGCUACCGCCGCUCAUUAUGACGGCAAUGAGAAGCCUGGCGCAUUGAACGUCAGCCAGCAACAGGAUGUAUUCUACGAGCCUUCCAAGGAGAAUGGGCCGGACCUGUCCGCCCUGCCUAGGGUUAAGCUUCCUAAAGUUGUCGGCGAUGUUCAAGCUGGUGUAGGUGAUGGCUUGAACGCUGACGUCUUCCAUACGGCCACAAGCUCUGAGAAACAGGCUACGGGGGAACUCCCGGAAGAGAUGAUGCAGGGUCUUUUCCAUAGUCGAAGGGUUGGUCGCAUGCUCUCGGGAAAGCCGGCGUCUAAGCCGACGCCCAAGCAACAAUGGCCGCCGGCGGAGCCUCCUCGGCCAGUUCAGCCGACCGUAGUAUCAGAAGCUCAAUCCGAGGUCCUUACGAAGGCCCAGGAAGAAGAGAUGGAAAAGCUGGGUGCCAGUGUUGCUGAUGAAGUGGUGGUGCCGCAGGCGACAGAAGAGAAUGUGCCCUAUCAGAUGUUGGAAUCUCGAGUCCCAUCUUCUCGAAUUGGUAGACUCUGGCAGUAUGCCGGACUGGGAACCUCGAUGGCAUUUGGCGCCGUCAGUGAAACCUUUCGGCGAGCUAGUGGUAGCCAAGAUACUGGCUCUGUCAUGUUCAGUGCCGGCAACAUGGAACGAAUGGUCGCCAAGCUGUCGAAGAUGCGAGGUGCAGCUCUCAAGCUAGGCCAGAUGCUCAGCAUCCAAGACUCCAAUAUGCUGCCUGCGCCAAUUCAGCAAGUGCUCCAGCGCGUCCAGGAUCGUGCCGACUACAUGCCUGCAUGGCAGCGGGACAAGGUCCUAUCCGAUAACCUGGGACCCAACUGGCGAGACCUAUUCUCCUCCUUCAACGACAUUCCUAUUGCAGCCGCCUCAAUUGGCCAAGUCCACUCGGCCGUCCUCAAAAGCACUGGCAAGCCCGUCGCCGUCAAAGUCCAAUACCCCGGCGUCGCCGAUUCGAUCGACUCAGACCUAAAUAACCUCUCAAUCCUCCUAACAGCCUCUCGCCUCCUUCCUCGCGGCCUCUAUCUUGACAAAACAAUCGCCAACGCCCGUACCGAACUCGCAUGGGAAUGUGACUACAUCCGCGAAGCAGAAUGCGCUGCCCGCUUCCGCAACCUCCUAGCCGACGACCCCGUCUUCGUCGUCCCCGAAAUAAUGCCCGAAGCCUCCGGAAAGCAAGUCCUGACUAUGGAAAUGCUCGAAGGUGUAGCCGUCACCAAAAUCCAAGACUUCUCCCAAGAACAGCGCGACUGGAUCGGAACUCAGAUCAUGCGUCUUUGUCUGCGCGAAAUCACAGAAUUCCAUUAUAUGCAGACAGACCCCAACUGGACAAACUUCCUCUACAACGCGCGCACUAACCGUCUUGAACUCCUUGACUUCGGCGCUUCGCGUGAGUACCCCGAUGCCUUCAUCUCGACUUACGUUCGCACUCUCGUCGCUGCUUCUCGCAACGACCGUGCCCUUUGCCAGGACCUCUCGUUGAAACUGGGAUACCUCACCGGCAUGGAGAGCCAGGCUAUGGCAGAUGCCCACGUUACUUCGGUCGUGACUAUCGCGGAGCCGUUCAUGCUCUCUUCGCCUGAUCUAUACGAUUUCCGUAAUCAGACUAUCACGGAUCGCGUGCGGGCGCUUAUUCCGGUGAUGAUCAGGGAGCGCUUGGCGCCGCCGCCGGAGGAGACGUAUAGUCUGCACCGGAAACUGAGUGGCGCUUUCUUGCUUUGCGCGAGAUUGGGGAGUCGGGUUCCCUGUAAGGAGUUGUUUGCUGAAGCGAUUCGGGAGGCGGAGGCGAAGGGGUUGCAGGUUGAUGCGCGGAAAUAG